GGCGGCAUCAUCCAGCGCCGAACCUGAGGGACGGCUCCCGGCGGCGGCGGUGAGGAAUAGUUAUCUGCUUAGUCUCAUCCUUCGUAUUUGGCGAUCUGAGGGAAAAGUCUGGGCCAGCAUGAAGACAGAAUCCCUUCUUCAUUAGAGAAAAAAUCUCCUGUGCCACCGUUGUGUACUAAUGCUGUAUUCUGAUUACUUAGCUUUCUGCCUGACGCAGUUCAUUUCAAGAAGUGCACGAUGACAGAGCGUGGAAUUAAAUGGGCUUGUGAGUAUUGUACAUAUGAAAAUUGGCCAUCUGCAAUCAAAUGUACCAUGUGUCGUGCUCAGAGACCUAGUGGAACAAUUAUCACAGAAGAUCCAUUUAAGAGUGGUUCGAGUGAUAUUGGUAGAGACUGGGAUCCUACGAGCACUGAAGGAGGGAGUAGUCCUUUGAUAUGUCCGGAUUCUAGUGCGAGACCGAGGGUUAAAUCAUCUUACAGUAUGGAAAGUGCAAAUAAAUGGUCGUGCCACAUGUGCACGUACUUGAACUGGCCGAGAGCGAUCAGGUGUACUCAGUGCUUGUCUCAACGCAGGACCAGGAGUCCCACGGAGUCUCCUCAAUCUUCAGGUUCUGGUUCCAGACCAGUCCCUUUUUCUGUUGAUCCGUGUGAGGAAUACAAUGACAGAAAUAAACUAAACACAAGGGCUCAGCACUGGACUUGUUCUGUUUGUACAUAUGAAAACUGGGCGAAGGCCAGGAAGUGUGUCGUGUGUGAUCAUCCCAGACCCAACAACAUCGAAGCAAUAGAACUGGCAGACACAGAAGAGGCUUCUUCCAUCAUAAACGAGCAAGACAGAGCUCGGUGGAGAGGAAGCUGUAGUAGUGGUAAUAGCCAAAGAAGAUCUCCACCUACAACCAAACGUGAAUCUGAUGUGAAAAUGGACUUCCAAAGAAUUGAAUUGGCUGGAGCUGUUGGCAGCAAGGAAGAACUCGAAGUGGACUUCAAGAAACUAAAGCAAAUUAAAAACAGGAUGAAAAAGACUGACUGGCUGUUUCUAAACGCUUGCGUUGGAGUGGUAGAAGGUGAUUUAGCUGCUGUUGAAGCUUACAAGUCCUCGGGAGGAGAUAUUGCCCGCCAGCUCACCGCGGAUGAAGUGCGCCUGCUGAACCGCCCCUCUGCUUUCGACGUUGGGUACACGCUGGUCCAUCUGGCCAUACGCUUCCAGAGACAAGACAUGCUGGCAAUUUUGCUCACGGAGGUAUCACAACAUGCAGCCAAGUGCAUUCCUGCCAUGGUGUGUCCGGAGGUCACAGAACAAAUUCGUCGUGAAAUUGCUGCAUCUCUUCAUCAACGAAAGGGAGACUUUGCUUGCUAUUUUCUGACUGACCUUGUAACAUUUACGUUACCUGCAGAUAUUGAAGACUUACCACCCACAGUCCAAGAAAAGUUAUUUGAUGAAGUACUUGAUAGAGAUGUUCAGAAAGAGCUGGAAGAGGAGUCUCCCAUUAUUAACUGGUCGCUGGAGCUGGGCACGCGCUUGGACAGCAGGCUGUACGCGCUGUGGAACCGGACGGCGGGGGACUGCCUGCUGGACUCAGUGCUGCAGGCCACCUGGGGCAUUUACGACAAGGAUUCCGUGCUGCGGAAGGCUCUGCACGACAGUUUACACGACUGCUCACAUUGGUUCUACACACGCUGGAAAGAGUGGGAAUCGUGGUAUUCCCAAAGCUUUGGUUUACAUUUCUCAUUGCGAGAGGAACAGUGGCAGGAAGACUGGGCAUUCAUCCUCUCUCUUGCGAGCCAGCCUGGAGCGAGUUUGGAGCAGACACACAUUUUUGUACUUGCACAUAUUCUUAGAAGACCAAUUAUAGUUUAUGGAGUAAAAUAUUAUAAGAGUUUCCGAGGAGAAACAUUAGGAUAUACCCGCUUUCAAGGUGUGUAUUUGCCUUUGUUAUGGGAACAGAGUUUUUGUUGGAAGAGUCCCAUUGCUCUGGGCUACACGAGGGGCCAUUUCUCGGCUCUGGUUGCCAUGGAGAAUGAUGGCUACGGCAAUCGCGGCGCCGGUGCUAACCUCAACACUGACGAUGACGUUACUGUUACCUUUCUGCCGCUGGUGGACAGCGAGAGGAAACUAUUGCACAUUCACUUCCUUUCUGCUCAAGAGAUAGGUAACGAGGAGCAGCAGGAGAAGCUGCUCCGGGAGUGGCUGGACUGCUGCGUGACGGAGGGGGGGGUGCUGGUUGCCAUGCAGAAGAGCUCUCGGCGGCGCAACCACCCGCUGGUCACCCAGAUGGUGGAGAAGUGGCUGGAUCGCUACCGACAGAUCCGCCCCUGCACCUCCCUCUCCGAUGGCGAGGAAGAUGAGGAUGAUGACGAUGAGUGACGGUGAGGAAGGAAGGAGAAAAAAAAAAAAAAAGAAGAAAACGAGCAGCGCAGAGUGCUAACCCCGGAGCGAGCGUCGUGCUCUUGCAGUUCGAUGUGGAACGACCCCAAUUCUAGGGGAAAUGUGCUGUAAAAGGAUUUUUCUAACCAGCACGGAGAGAGUCUAGAACCUCACCUGCCGCGUGGAGAGAGCGAAACGGGCUGGACUACAGUUUGUGUAAAAACAAAGUAAAAAAAGAAACAAAGAACAGCUAAUUUUAUUAUCAAGACAGAAAAAAAAAAAAAAACCAACACCAUUUUUCUUUCUGAUUGUAAAUCUGUCUAUAAAUGUACCGCAUGUGGUUGUGUAAGAGGUUGUGUAAUAGGAAAAGUAUACCAGCAUCUUAAUUAUUGCGAUGAAAUUUUUCAAUUAAGGGCACUUACGAAAGCACACGUUAGAUGGAUGUCUCUUCCCUCCGAGAUUCUUUUACAGUUGAACUUGGUAUUCCACACGACCUUUUAGAUACUCUGACACGUUUCCAUGAAAGGCCCUUUUAUGUGAAAUAUCACUAGUGCCCAGGUCAGAUUGUGAGGUCUUUUUUUGUUUUUUUGUUUGCACAGAAUACCCACAGCAAGUCGUAAGCAAAACCACCUUCAUUAUUUUACUAAUACUUUAGUUACUGCUGUGCCCGUGUAAUAAAACCUAAACUCUACGGAACGAACUGGAAGAGAAGCUAAAUUUUUCAUUAAGUGAAAUGAUUUGUUUUCUAAAAAAGUUUUUUUUGUUUGUUUUUUUUCUUUUUUUUUUUUCUUCUAAUAGUUAAUAGAUUCCUUUCAGUAUAUGUAAGAAUAUUUAUUCAGAGAAGUGACCUAAAAUAUAGGGAUUUUAUUCCAGUGAGUGUACACUAAACAAAAUUGUGUGAAAUUUUGAGAACUCGAACACGAUUGAGAAUUUCCUAUUGUCAGAACUCCGUCUUGCUGUGAUACAAACUCUCCUUUUAUCAGUUAUUCUUUCAUCAACUUAAAUGUUGCUGCAAAUGAAAAAAAACCACCUUUUUAAAGGAUUAUUCCUCGGUCAUUAAAUCCUAGUGAGAAUCCACACGGCAGUUCUAAUUAAAAAGAAGAAUCUAUGCUAAAGUUGUUUUUUAAAAGCACUGUGUUAUAUAUUUCUCAGUAUGUAAACCUGGGAAUUUCUUGCAUGUUGAUUGAUGUGGCCAUACUUAAACCUCUGUAAGUUCCUGAGAUUGUAAGUUCAGAGUAUAUUCUCCAGUAGAAAUUUUAUUAUAUUUGAUAACUUUAGCCAUGUAACCUGUAAUGGAUAAAGUUUAUCUAAAAAUCUCACUUAAACACUAAAGGUUAAUGCCAGUUUUUACAUAUUCAGUGCAAUUCAGGUUGUCUUGAAAAGCACUUUUGAUGGUGUGGUUGAAUAAGGAAUUUUGCAGUAGAUGAAAUUUGUUUUAAUUAGAAUUUGGAAAGAAGCCCCAUAGCACAUAUUUUUAUGUAGUCGAGAGCUAUGGAAACCCUGAGGAACUUGCUGCUUUUUCUUCCAAAUGCUGCUUAGAUGGUGUUGAAAUGUGCACAACUCCUACAUCGUGGUGACGACACCAGAAGUAUAGAAAUAAUGAAGUACUGUAUUAACUUAGCCAUUUUUCCCAUCACAGAUUCCAUUGAGGUUUAUUACGAGAUGUCUUCACCUUUUUUUGGCCGUUAGAUCUCCUCCGAUUUGGUGCAUGUGCAAAUUUUCAGGUGAAAAAUGCAUGCUUUCUGCAAUGUACGUACGAUUGACCUGACCUCAGCAGCCAAACCGCAGAUACUAAAGAGGUUCUUCACAAG